AUGCCUGAGCCAGCCAAGUCAGCUCCUGCCCCGAAGAAGGGCUCCAAGAAGGCGGUGACCAAGGCGCAGAAGAAGGACGGCAAGAAGCGCAAGCGCAGCCGCAAGGAGAGCUACUCCGUGUACGUGUACAAGGUGCUGAAGCAGGUCCACCCCGACACCGGCAUCUCGUCCAAGGCCAUGGGCAUCAUGAACUCCUUCGUGAACGACAUCUUCGAGCGCAUCGCGGGGGAGGCGUCGCGGCUGGCGCAUUACAACAAGCGCUCGACCAUCACGUCCAGGGAGAUCCAGACGGCCGUGCGCCUGCUGCUGCCCGGGGAGCUGGCCAAGCACGCCGUGUCCGAGGGCACCAAGGCCGUCACCAAGUACACCAGCGCCAAGUAAAUGGAUCGAGAGCAACUGUGGAGCGAUCCUGACGAGGAGGGAGCAAGAGACCCAGAGAGGUCAGAAAGUACUAAGAAGAAAUGACCCAGGAGAUGAUUUUCAGCGUUCUCAUGUUGCACAGCGAGUUGUGGAAGUCUGCGGCUUAUGAUCACAAUGCCAAAGAGACAAAACCCCAGAAAACAAGCAGCGAAGCUUCUCUUCCUUUCUCAUUUCUCAGGUCACUGCGGGUUACAGGCUUCCCUAGUGAAGGCAGACACUAAUUUUGUCUGGUCUCCCUUCUGUUCUCUCAACAAGGUAAUAUAAAUACAAAGAAACAAGUAUUUAUUUUUAGGUUUCCACAUUGCAACUGGAUUUCGACUUUGGUCACCUUGAUUUUAGUUUGAGAUGGUAUUGAAACUCCUUGGUCAAUAGUGAAUCCAGCUUCAAUUCUGGAGUCACUGUGGUCUUUUGAAAGCAUACCUGAUCAGAGUCUUUCAAUGAUCCCCCACUGCUCUUAGCACAAAAUCAGAAAUCUGUGCUAUGGUCUCAAGAUCUGCAAAGUCUGGCCUUUUACCUAACCUCAGAGGAUUCUUUUUCUCCUUUUUGUCUACCCUUCUCCCUCCAUCCCCUGCUGCCACCACCAUUUUAAAC